CAACAACAACAACAACAAUUAUAAUGGCACGCAAACACUGCUUCGUCACCAUAGGUGCCACGGCUGCGUUCGAUGCCCUCAUCACCGCCGUCUUCCAGCAGUCUUUCAUCCAAGCCCUCGUCGCCGCCGGCUACACGGACCUGCUCGUGCAGUACGGUCAGCGGGGCAAGCGGCUGUUUGCCGAGCUCUCCAAGCAAGAGCACUGCAAGGCGUCCGGGCUGGCGAUUCACGGCUUCGACUUUGCGAAAGACGGGCUAUUCAGCCAAAUGCGGCUGGCCAAAGGCGUCGACGGCAGCAACAGCAACAGCGCGCACGAGGGCGUCGUAGUCAGCCACUCCGGCUCGGGCUCCAUCCUGGACGCGCUGCGCAUCGGCGUGCCGCUGAUCGUGGUGCCGAAUCCUAGCUUGCUAGACAACCACCAGCUCGAGCUGGCCGAGACGCUCGAGGACCAGGGCUACGUCGUCCACGGCGAUUUGGGCAAUUUGGCCCCCGCCAUAGCUAAAUCAGAAGAUCUUCGCCAACGGCAGCGCUCGUGGCCGCCGAUUAAUAGUGGGCAGCACCGCCGCGCGCAGGGCCUACAGGGCGUUUUGGAUGAGGAAAUGGGGUUUCUGGAUUGAGCUGGCCCUUUUGAUCAUUCUGCAAUGCGCCCAUGAUAGACUGAUGAUUUUUUUCUCACUACGGUAUGGGUUUGGUGUGGUUGGCUGGGUUGUUGUGAUUGGUAUGGCUUAGAGCGGUUGACCGAAUAUGUUCUCCGCAGUGUUGAAGAGCUGUUCGCACGAAGCUGACACCAGGAGAUGAAUGACGAGGAGAUCAAGCGUUUUCGGUGUAGAUGUUGAUAUCAAGGCUCUCACACGCACGGCACGAGUCAGGUAGGUUUAAGAGCAAGGCAUAGCGUCAUGGGCACUUGUUGUGGACGGUGAUUGUGGAUUGUGAUGCGAUUGAUGGCUUGCUGCUUUGGUGUGCUGUAGUGUGUCGUAGUGUGUUGUGGUGUGCUGUGUUAUGUUAGGGUUUUCUUGAUCUUGCUCACUCACCUACUGCAUCAUGGCUAUGACGUACAUAAGCAUGUAUAUAUACACACUACGUCGUGAUUCAGCUUAGGUAGUGCUUUAUAGC